AUGGAUCCCUCAAAGGUGUCGCUGUUCAAGACGUAUGAUAAGCCCAGGGGGCAAGGAGGCUCUGGGUCGUUUGCGACGUCGAUGAUAGUUGGACCGGUAUGCUUCUUCCUGGGAAUGCUCUUCUCCUCCUUCCCCUACGACUACCCACUCCUCUGGACCUCUGACGUGACGCCGGCGGCAUACUACGACCUGCUAGAAGCACACCUGAAGUUCAUGCACGCGUCUCCGCCCAUCAUCCCACGCAUCCUGCACAUCGCCAUCUCAAUCGGCUUCAUCGGGUUCUUCAUCAAGCUGUUCAAGCCCUCCGAGGCGAACCUGCUCUUUGAUGGCGCGUCCCUAGUCCUCUACCUCGUCGGCGUCGUAGUCUACAUCACCAACAUCGUCAAGGGCCUCCGCAUCAUCACCGCCGGCGUCUACGGCGCUCCUGAAGGCAGCACCGAAGUCGCCAUUGGCAGGGAGGACAGUCUACGAGUGCUAUCUGCCAGCAACACUAUUCUGGCGCUGGUCUUAGUUGGCGUGCUGGUCUUGCAGGCUGGCCAGUGGUACGCUGAGCGCAAGGAGCAGGACGAGGUUGCGGAGUUCGAGAAGGUGCAGGAGGGCAAGAAUGCCUCCAAGACACAGAAGAACGUAACGAGAUCGUCGUCGAAGAAGAAGCAAUAG